GAUACCGUUUUCUUUUUCUGCUUGUUUUUUUUUUUUUUUUGAUUAUAAUCAAAUCAAAUGUGCUGAAAUUCAGAAUUCAGUCAUUUUGUUCAGUUCAGUUCAGUCCAUUUUUGUUGUUCAACAACUAUAAACACUGAAAAACUCCAAAGAAACAUUUUUUUUAUCAAAUUAAAUUUUUUCUGCGAUUCAAAAUCGUCACAUAUCACCAUCACAUAUCAAAAAUGGCCAAUUUCAUCGAUUCAACACCUGAUUAUGAAGGCAACAAAGAAUUUAGCUUUACAUUUUGGGAUUUUGCCGUUUUUAUUGCAAUGUUGGUCGCUUCCUCCAGUAUUGGUAUUUAUUUUGCUUACAAGAAUCGUAAAAAUCAUUCCAAUAAAGAAUUUUUAACAUCAAAUAAAUCAUUAAGUUUAUUUCCGGUUGCAAUGUCAUUGUUAGCAAGUUUUCAAAGUUCAGUUACAAUACUUGGUUAUCCAGCUGAAAUGUUUUAUCGUGGUACACAAUUUUGGAUGGUUAUAUUAUCAAGUUUUGCAGCCAGUAUGAUUGCUGCUGAAUUAUUUUUACCAGUUUUUUAUCGUUUAAAUUUUACAUCAGUUAAUCAAUAUCUUGAACAACGUUUUAAUUCAAAAAAUGUUCGUUUAGCAGUAUCAUUUUCAUUUUUAUUAUGUACAGUACCUUAUAUGGGUGUUGUAUUAUAUGGACCAUCAUUAGCAUUGGAAACUGUAACCGGACUAAGUGUUACAGCAUCAAUAUUGAUUAUCGGGUUUAUUUGUACAUUAUAUACAUCUAUUGGUGGUAUUAAAGCUGUUGUUUGGACUGAUGUUGUGCAGGUUUUUCUUAUGUUUGCCGGUCUUUUUGUUGUUAUGAUUCGUGGAUUCUAUCUAGCCGGUGGUAUACAAAAAGCAUUUGAAACAUCAAGCAAAUAUGGACGAUUACAAUUUUUCAAUUCGGAAAUAAAUAUUUAUUCAACAACAACCAUAUGGAAUUGUGUAAUCGGUAUGGGUACAAUGUGGUGUGGUAAUUAUGCAACAAGCCAAACUGAAGUACAACGUUAUUGUAAUGUAACAACACAACGUCGAGCUAAAUUAUCAUUAUAUGUAAAUUUUUUAGGUGUUGCAUUGUUAAUAAGUUGUGCUUGUCUUUGCGGCAUUGCAUUAUUCGGUGUUUAUUAUGAUUGUGAUCCAUUACGUUCAGGUGUUAUAACAAAAACUGAUCAAUUAAUGCCAUAUUUUGUUAUGAAUCAUCUUAGUCAUAUACCUGGUAUGGCUGGUUUAUUUGUUUCUUGCGUAUUCAGUGCAUCAUUAUCAACAAUGAGUUCGGGUUUUAAUGCACUUGCAACAGUUACAUAUGAUGAUUUUAUAUCACGUACUAGUGUACGAAAAUUACCUGAAAAACAAAUUCAACAGAUUAGUAAAUUUAUUGCAUUCGGUUAUGGUAUGGCUGCUAUUGCAAUGGCAUUUGUUGUUAGUCAAAUUAAUUCCAUAUUGGAAGCAGCUAUUUCAAUUGCCGGUGCUUUGGUUGGACCAAUGUUUGGUUUAUUUUUAUGCGGUAUUCUUGUACCAUUUGCAAAUAGUUUUGGUGUACUAUGUGGAUUAUUAACCGGUGAAUUUUUCGGCUUGUGGGUAUUGAUCGGUUCGCUAUUAUAUCCCAAAUCAGCACAAAUGCUUGAUACAUCAACUGAAUGUCCAUCAAUGUCCAUUGAUCAAAAUCAUUCAUUUCAAAAUGUUUCCGAUUCACUUUCACCAAAUAUUUAUCUUAUGUUUCCAUUGUCAACAACAACAACACAAUCACCAUUACCAUCAUCAUUAUUAUCAUCAUCAAUAAAUGAACGUGAAGGUUUAAUUCGUUUAUAUCAUAUAUCCUAUCUAUUAGUACCAGUAUUUGGUUGUAUUAUAUCAUUAUUAAUUGGUAUUAUUUGUUCAUUAUUAUCUGGUGGUCAUCGACAAAUCAAUCUUGUUCGAUCAGAAUAUUUAAGUUCAUUAGCAUGGUCAAUAUGGCCACGAAAAUUAUUACCAACAAAAUAUCCAUAUGAUUAUUCGAAUGAUAUUCCAAAUGCUCAUUUGGAUCAUGAACAACAAUCAUAUACACCAUCAUCAAUGACCAAUUCAUUAUCAUUAAUAUCGAAUGGUACAAAUACAAUAAUUACAGAUAAAUUUUCAAAUAAAAGUGAUUCAAAUAAUAAUAAUAAUAAUCACGAUGAUAAUCCAAGAAUCUAUCUACAAUCAAAUGGAAAAUAUCGUAAAUAUAAUACAACAACAACAACAAUCGAUACCAUAUCAUCAUUAUCAUCGAACAAUACACCAACAUCAAAAAGUUCAUCAAUAAACAACAAUAAUCAAUCGAUUACGGCCAUAUCGAUUGAAGAAACAUCCAAAGAUCAAUCAUCAUCAUCAACAACAACAACAAAAAAAAUGAUCAGUUAUCAUCGACAACCAUGUACAAAUUCAUCCGAUUGUGAUUCAGAUUUAAUUUGUCAUAAUAGAAAAUGUUCAUGUCCAUUAGGACGUGUUUAUUUUCAUUUUCGUAAACCAAUACCAACCAAUUCAAAAGGAAUGUGUAUAUUAUAUGAACAAGCUGUUGCAUGUAAAAAUAAUGAUGAAUGUCAAGAUAUUGAUCAAAAUGUUAUUUGUGAUGAACAAUGGGGUCGUUGUCGUUGUAAACGUGGUUAUUAUUUAAAUGCUAAAACUAAAUAUUGUAUAAAGAUACAAUAUCCAUAUUCUGGAAUAAAAUCAAAAUCCAAUAAUCGAGCAAAAUUGACUUCGAAUAGUGGAAAUGGCAAUGGUAAAAAGAUAUCAUCAUCAUCAUCAACAUCAACGAUAUUAUCCAGACGGCCACAAUAUUUUCGUUUGGAUACAAGUUGUCAGAAAAAAUCGGAAAAAUUAGAUUGCCCAGCUGAAUAUAGUUAUUGUUUUGAACGUAAAUGUCAAUGUUGGCCAGAAUUUCAAUUCUGGGAAGAUAAAGAAUUUUCAUUAUCAAAUGCUGAAAAUAAUAGUGCUGUAUCAUCAUUACAAUUAAUAACAAAAGAAUUAAUACAAAUUGCUGCCGAUAAUGUUGAUAUUAUUGGUUUAGAUAAUACAGAUAAAUGGAAUGAUGCAAUGAAAAUUGGUAAAUGUUUACGAAAACUAUGCGAUACUGAUGAUGAUUGUCAUGAUAAUAAUGGUAAUAAUGGUCGAAAUACAAAUCUUAUCUGUAAUAAUACUGUUUGUGAAUGUCCAUAUGGUUAUGCAAUGCAUCGUGAAACACAUAUUUGUAUGAAAUUAUUAUUACGACGGCCAAGUUGUGAUCUAACAUGUAAAGUAAUUGGUGGUUUAUUUGCAUCGAUUUUUGUAUUAACAUUAAUAUAUUGGUGUUUUUAUUGUUGUGUUGCUAUUGUUAAAAAUUUUCAUUAUCAUAAUCGUCGUCAUCAUCGUCAUCAUAAUCAAUCAUCAAAUAAUGAUAAUAAUCAUACAUUAUUUAGUUUACUUGAUCAACAACGACGACGACGAUCAUCAUCAUCAAGAUCAAAUUCAAUGAUAUCAUUUCUGAAAAUGGAUAAACCACCAACAUAUGAUGAAGUUAUGAAUGAUGAUAAUAGCAAUAAUGGUUUAUCACAACAACCAAAUUAUAUUGAAAUGCAAGAAAUUCUACCACGUUAUUGUUCAUUAUGGAAAUUGGAAACAAAUUUACAAAAUCAUCAUAAUAAUAAUGAAGAAUUUACAAUUAUUGAAUGUCAACAAGACGGUAAUACAAUUACAAAUGAAGAUGAUGAUGAUGAUGAUGUUAUUUGUCAAAGAUAAUUUUUUUCUAUUUACUUUUUGUUUUCUUGAAAAUAUUCUUUUGUUUUUAUAAAGUAUUUUUUCCUUUCUUCUU